GCGCCGGCUCCACUGCGCCCGCCCCGCCUGGCAGCACCGCCUCCUCCGCCCGCGCCGCGCACGCCGGGACCGUGAGGGGACCGGACCGGAGCGGAGCCGAUCGGACCGGAGCAGCUCAGCUCAGCUCAGCUCAGCUCAACUCAACUCAACGCUCUCCAGCUCAGCGCUGCUGCCGCCCGUGCCCCGGCACAGCCAGAACGAUGCAGGACCCAAAUGAGGACACAGAGUGGAAUGACAUCCUCCGCAAGAAAGGUAUCCUUCCUUCAAAGGAAAACCUGGAGGAAAAGGAGCGUGCAAAGGAAGAGGAGCAACUUGCCAUCCUUCAGAAAUCUCUUGUGAAAACUUACGAGGACAUGACUCUGGAAGAGCUAGAAGAGAAUGAAGAUGAAUUUAAUGAAGAAGAUGAGAAAGCUAUCGAAAUGUACAGGCAGCAAAGGUUAGCAGAAAUGAAAGCAGCUCAAAUGAAGAAUAAAUUUGGGGAAGUUUUGGAGAUUUCGGGAAAAGAUUAUGUUCAAGAGGUUACAAAAGCUGGAAAAGGUAUAUGGGUAGUCCUGCACCUCUACAAACAAGGAAUUCCACUCUGUGCCUUAAUAAAUCAACAUAUGAGUGGGCUUGCGAAAAAGUUCAGAGAUGUGAAAUUCAUCAAAGCUAUCUCUACCACUUGCAUCCCCAACUACCCUGAUAAGAACCUGCCUACAAUAUUUGUCUACCUGGAGGGAGACAUCAAAGCUCAGUUCAUUGGGCCUUUGGUAUUUGGUGGCAUGAACUUAACGAGGGACGAAUUGGAGUGGAAGAUUUCAGAGUCAGGUGCCAUCAAGACAGACCUCGAGGAGAACCCUAGGAAGCAGAUCCAAGAUCAACUCAUGUCCUCAAUUAGGACGUGUGUCCCAGCCAGGGGGGAGAGUGACUCAGAGGAUGACUAACUCCUGCAAUGGCAUCAAAAUUGAUACAGUACAUUUGCAGCCAAUGUUCCCACCUAGAGCACUGGAGAUACUCAUCAAGAUCUCGCUGAGCCCCAGAAGGGCGGUGUUACAAGACUGCCAUUUAUCCAGAAACUUCUGGAAACUCCUAAGGAAGUGGUUUUGGUUGGGUUUUUUUUUUUUUUUAAAAAAAUCGAUCUUGUUGCAGCUUCACUUGAGAUCGUGAAAGACAUUUUAUAUUUGAAACCUGAGUAAAUCUUACUCAAAUUUUUAAAAUAUAGACAUCAGUAGAAACAGGUGUCUUGUUGUUAUUUUCCUAGUAAAUUGCUGACUUCUUUAAACAAGUCUGAAAUCUGAAUUGGCUUUAAGUGUACUGUUUUUGACAACCUUGUGUAAAUCAAAUGCAAAUAGUCUUAAACAAUUGGUUAUAGCACUUAGUUAGGCCUUCUCUUAGCCUAUUGUGCGUAGAUGUCUGACAAGUUAAACUGCGUGGAUAGCUAGAGGAGAUAGACCCGUGAUGUGGGUGCCACCAAAAAUGGCGCGUGAUCCUUUGCAGAGGUAUGCUGCCAUGAGAUGAGACCCCAGAUGUCUUCAGAGAUGCCUUGAAAAUGGCCAGCAUCUACUGAGAUCUGCUAAGCCCAGAACCCUCUUUCAUUUAGCAGUAGGAUUUUGCCUUUCACAGGGGCUGGGUUUCCUGCACCAGCUUAUCAGCUGAUUGGGAAGGAAAAUUCAAGAUGGUGCUUGAGUGUUCCACAAAAUGAGAAGUCUGAUGCAUUGGUACAGUAAUGCCAGUGACAAAUUGGAGGGAAUAUCACAUUUGAAGACUCGAUGGCUUUCUGUACUAAAGCCUUCCAUCUUUUUCUAGGUACAGUAAUAAUUGGAGCUUUAGAAGAGAAUGAACUGAAAUACCCCUUAAUUAUAGAUCUGCUGACACUUAGAGCUGCUUGCUUAUUUUGGGUUGGAUUUAAUGUCCACCUACACUUCCAAUUUGUCUGCUCUUGGGCUAAUAAGCUCCAAGAGCUUUUGCUAACAAGGCUGCCCCAAGGACAUUUUGUUAUAUUGCUGAUGGAUUCUGUGGGUGGAUGGUACAGAAUGCAACGUUCAAUAGGCAGCAAUUUUUAUUUUAGUUUUCUGGUAGUUCAUAGCAACUCUGAGGCAUGUUCCCUGUGCUGUCUUCCCCAGUCAAAUCAGGAUGUAGAUCAAACAACAAAUAACUGUUCCUUAAACUUCAGGUAAAGUUGUGAGAUGCUAAUAGAGAGCUUCCUUCUUGAGAUCCAAAUGGUGUCACUUAAGUCUUUUACUUUUUCUUCUUUCUUGACAAAAUAGCUAAAAUACUAACACUGAGCAAGUGAGACAAAUGCUGUGGGGUACAAGCUGAUAAAUGCUGAAUAUUGUCAUAAAUACCAUCACACUUCUCUUGAUGCUGGACUAUCUAAAAUCUUGUCAGACUUGAUGCUUUUCUGUACUUAAUUACGUGUUCUUACAGUCUAGAAAGAGGACAACUCUUUCUCCCCCUAGAAGCCUACUUAUCUUGUACUCAUUUAACUGUGCUUUAGAAUGACCUCUGAGCAUGUGGACUGAGUUCCACUUGGAGGAAACUAUCUAGAGGAGCAGAUGCCCAAAGGACAUUCAGUCCAAAGAUCUAGGCCGAAGCUAGCCUGAACUAAGGCCCUCAGAAAUAUGUGUAGAGUGGAUGCCAUAUCCUCAGCCUCUCCCUCCAGAUCCACUGCUGUUAGGCUGUCUGAAUUGCUGAUGCAGACAGACCUGCCGUACUGUUCUCAACUUGUUUUUAAUUUUAAGUUUAUCAUCAGACCAUUUUAGGAAGGGGAGGUAGAGUCUGUGAUCCAUCUUCUAUUGCUAGUGUGACAACUUCAGUUUGAAAUCUAAUUUUAGAAGUAGGCAAUGGUUUGGAUACUUUUUUACUUCUAUUGUUCCCUCUUUUAUUAUCUCCCACUUCAGUGCUUCUGUGAAGUCAGAGUAGCAAUAAUGUUGCAGCUGUCUUCUAGAA